UAAUUGUAUGUUACGAUAUUCUCAAAACUUAUAUUAAAUCGAAAAUAUUUGGCGGGAAAAUUCGGCAUCAAAAUGGCGGCCCUCUUGAAAAUUUGCCAUAAUUGUUUCAGAAUUUCGACAAAUCUUUAUUUUUUAAGAAGGAUAUCAUCUAAAAUUUCAGAUGAUGAUCAACCAAUAAAAUUUUCUUCUAGUAAAGCAGCAAACUGGAAAGCCAAAAAUAGUUUGGAAGGUGUUCAAAGUGAUACACCAAAAAGUCAAGGUUUUGUAAUAGCCAUUUGUUUGUCAACUUUCCUGAUUUAUUUCUGUGUUCUAAGAGAAGAAAAUGAUAUUGAUGAAAUGUUGGGAAGUCAGAGUGCUUGGAAACAAGUUCCAGGUCUAGAAGAAGGACUAAUUAAAGCAGCUAUUCAAGAACACAAGAAAUUAGGUAAAGAUACUUCAGAACUAGAAAAUGCACUUAAACACAAUAAAUAAAACUCAAAUUUCUGGAA